UUUGAGAAAUAUGAACGGGUUCGUCGAUCCCAUAAAUUUCCUAGGCCGGAUUCCCAUCACUGGUUUUUGUGAUGACUUUCGUGACGCCAUAAUCAUGCAAUUUGAAGGCGGUAAUAGUAACGAGGCAAAAUUAGUUUAAACGGUGAAUAUCAUCAAGUUCUAAGAAUGUACCCAGAUGUCAAAUGGUCAGUUGACGACCUCGAUUUCAGAAUUCGUGAGUUGGAACACGACGACAUACCAGGAGUACGUGUUUUGGUCAACAACAGUUUACAUGAAAACGUGUUUACUGCAUUCGAAGCUUUAUUUGUGAAAAAUUGGCGAAUACUGAUUGUUCUGUCAGGAUUGACCGUAUUGCUUCUCAAUUACUUCGGAUACGAUGCUCAGUAUAUUGUUGUUUUCCUCUUUUUUCAAAUAUUUCUCCCGACUAUUGCAAAUGCAGUUUCGUUUUAUCGUUUCUUUGCACCGGGAAUGACAACGAUUAAAAAGGAGAUUGUCAACGCAGACAAGACUUACGUGAAAUUUUGGAUUUCUGAGGUUUUCAAAGAUGGUCAGUGGGAAAAAGUAGGAACAGCGGCUUUGCAUGAAGCAGAUCAACUAGAAAAUCGCGAAAUUCAAACUGGGGAAAUAAUUGCCUUGAAAAAUGUAUCAGUGUCAUGCAGUUGGAGAUCUAAAAGAAUAGGCGCAAUGAUGGUGAAGCACGCUCUCAGUCAAGCAACUUUGAUGAAGUAUAAAACCAUUGUUGUCCAUUUUAGCCAGGGACAGCCAGCCACCCUGCCUUUGUAUAAAAGGAAUGGAUUUGAAAUGGUGAAUGUGAUAAAAACGGGAUGCAUACCUCUACCAUACGGGGUGGAUGUAUACGUCAUGGCCAAAAAGCUCUCGUGAAACAGGAUUCAGUGUGACGCGUCCUCUCAUCCUGUGUAUUUCUAGACUCGCAACCUAUUUUUCUUUUCACCCCAUAUAUUGAUUUCAUAGACUGCGAACAAUACAGUUUCUAAAAGUAAUCAUUAAAAUAUAAUUGUGUCAAUACAUUCUAAUAAAAAUACAGGAAAACGUCAAGGAGA